AUGGCAAAAACGGCAGGUCCAGCGACAACAUCAACAAAGACAACAAACCCAGCAGUAACAACAAAAACAACAAAUGUUACAACAACAAAGCUAACCAAUCCCAAAACGGUAAUUUUAACGACAACCACAGCUUCUCAGCUGAAAACAUCCAGAGACAAACCUCGCGCUAUAACUAGCAAAACAACAACGACAACAGCUGUAGUAGCGAGUAUUACAACCACUAAUGUUGUGACUUCAGUUUCAACGCAACAACGCAUGAAAACGCCGCAACAACACUCAGCAAACAAACAACAACAACAGGCAGUCAAACAACAACAUUUUGCAACGUCCAAAAAUCAACAUUUGCAUUCUCAUCCGACACUCAAGCAUCAAAAUCACCUCCAACAACAGCCGCAAUAUUUACUUCAUUCACAACAACAGCGGCCAGAGCAGCUGCAACUACAUCAACUACAGCAGCAACAACAGCAACUACAAUUACAUCAAUUACAACAACAGCAGCAAUUCAACCAACUCCGACACAACACUCCACGUUUUUACCGACAGAGCAGCGUCAAAACCACAAAAUCUCCAUCGGCUAUACUCUCAAAUCCGUCUUUAACACCUAUAGGGACUAAUCCCAUUCUGACUAGCAGAGUUUCCUGGGACACUAGUCUCAUGGUUCUUUCUCAAAGUUUGAAAAAUAUUUGUGGCAGCCCUCUGAUGAGGUCAAUCUCAAGUACAGAUUCAUCCCCGCUACCUAAAAAACUUCCCAGUAGACAUUCACUUCAGAACCAAAAAUUGUAUCAGAAACCCAUAGCCAAAGUCGUUACCCAGUUGGGUAAUCCUUCCCUCAAGCAGUAUUAUCAAACAUCGAUACCGUCUCCCGACACCAAUCUUUCUACUACCUAUCACAAAAGUCUUGAUUUAACCGACAGAAACAAAUCGAUCGAUUUGAAGUUGAGCGAAUACCGACUAGACGAUCCGGCGGAUAACGUUUUCUUGAGUAACUGCGACAUAGUAGAGAACAAGAGUGCAGAAGAUAGCGUCGAGUUGAUAGCUCUUCCUAGUGAAUUUGUGAACUCUAUCGAUACCUGGAAAUGUGAGAAAGAUGAGGAAGUGAGGAUGAACGAGAUGAAAGUGGAAAUGAAAAUAGAUGCUCUUGUUGUUUCCACCGAAGCCUGUCGUGAGAGUUCAUUAAAAAGGAAUGAUUUCAUUUCACCAAUCCUGCCCUCUCGAGACCGAUGCAACACGAUGAACGCGCCGAAGAGACUGACGAUGAAACGGAUGAACAGUGCUGCAAUCAUGUUCACACCCACUCAAAACAUUCACUUCUGCGAUCCGAAUCAUAAAAAGCUCAUUAUCAGACACGAGGAAACGAAUCAACUGUUGAACUUUGAACUGACGAAGCUGCUUCAAACAAACUUAACACAACGUUCGAACAACAGAAAGGACAGCGAACACUCGCCAGAUAACAAGGGCGAGUGUUCGCUGUCUUCAUCUCUCCUAUCAUCUCACAGAUUCCUUUAUAAAGUCUCAUUAAAAUCUGUCUACUUCCCGCUCGAAGACAUUUACGUUGAGUUGAUCAAUGAAAGGUUGCUACGCGUCGCCAUCAUGAAAGAUAAAAUUAGUUCCACACGAGAUAGAGGUCAUUCGUUUGAAAAGGUUAAAUCUAAACAGUACAGUUCGAUACUUUUAGAAGAUGUUACAUUACCGAACGAACUUAGAAAUUGGAUCUGCUUCAUAUCGGAAGAUAGGCGCUGGUUGAUCGUCAAAGAAGAUUCGAAUCUAACUGAUUUUGAACAAGAGCACUUUUCCUACCCGCAACAGACUGGCUUCGACUUAAUCGAAAAAUUGGCUCGAUCACCGACUAAGAAAUUCACGAGUCGGAGCAUCACUUUCACAAUGAACUACAACGAAUCAUGCAGCUCGAAGUACGUACCGAUAUUGACGAGUCAGGAACCGUCGAACCAAUUGAACAUCUGCCUCAAGGUUCCAGAUGAAUUCGAUCAUAAGGAUAUCUCAAUCAAACGUUUAGACAAAAUGUUGGUUAUAAACGGUUCUACAGAAAAAUUGAACGCAAGCAUUGCAAUGAAUUCAUCCGCAGUUGACACACGCGAUAACAACUGUGAUGCAAUUUCUCUUUUACAAAUUUCAACCAAUUAUAACGAUUCGAACAUGCACCCGAACAAUGAUUGUACCGACAACACCGUGAACAACAAAGACAGUGAAGAUGUGCCCAACAAUACCGAAAGAGAUGAUGGUCUAACGAGUCUACCGGCAUUUCAAGUUACGAUUAAUUUACCGACGAAUGUUCAUGGUCGAACUCUGAGUGCCUAUUUAACGAAAAAGAACGUAAUUAUAAUUUAUGGCGACGCUGAUACGAGCCGUAGAAGAAAUUCUUUUUGA